CAUUUUGCUAGUUAGGGUUUUAGUUUAGGGAAAAUGAGAACUUUAAUUUAUCUGAUAUUUGGAUAAUAAUGAUGUUGGAGAUAGCGAAAUUCUUGCUUAACGCUGCUGGAUUCAUGUGCAAAUAAACUGUAAAUUGUCAAGUUGUAGUGUAUGGUGUAAGCAUUUGUGAGGAUUGUUCAGAUUAACAAUAAAUUGCCAAGCUUGCAUUAGUGCAACUUAUAUUUAGGCUACUACAUUGACUACCAAUGAAUUGCGCCGUGCCCGGAAACGGUUGUGCUGGUAGUGGUGGUGCAUCAACUUUGGCGCUCUGUGUUAAUUUAUUGAAGGAUAGGAGUUUGAAUACUAGCCACCAAUGAAUUUGAUGAUUACUAAUGGACAUCUCCAUCGUCUUUAUCUUCGUCUGGUUGAAUGUGAGUAAGAAGCGUCUAGAUUACGUUCUUAGAGUCCCCAAGAUGCUGUCACACCUUUCCAGAUUUUGGGUGGAGAAGCUCAGAUAGUUCAGAUUAUGCUGAAGCCACAGGAGAGGGUUAUUGCUCGACCAGGGUCAAUGUGCUAUACAUCUGGAUCCGUUCAAAUGGACAAUGUUUACAUCACUGAACAAGAGGUAGGGGUGUGGCAGUGGAUAUUUGGGAAGUCCGUGACCAGCAUUGUUCUUCUUAAUUCCGGUUCUAGUGAUGGAUUUGUCGGAAUUGCUGCUCCUUCACUUGCUAGAAUUCUACCGAUUGAUCUGGCAGUGUUUGGUGGAGAACUUCGAUGCCAGCCGGAUGCAUUUUUGUGCUCAGUAAAUGAUGUCAAAGUUACUAAUACAAUUGCUGAUCAGAGGGCACGUAACGGUGUUGUUGGUGCAGAGGCUAUUUUGCGGCAGAAGCUGUCCGGACAAGGACUUGCAUUCAUUAUCGGGAGUGGCUCAGUUGUGCAGAAAAACCUAGAGGUGGGGGAAGUACUUGCAGUUGAUGCAUCUUGUAUAGUUGCUGUCACAACCACUAUCAACGUUGAUGUUAAAUAUAAUGGUCCUAUGAGGAGGGGUGUCUUUGGGGCGGACAACCUUGUGACUGCCGUUCUAACAGGCCCAGGGAUUGUUUUCAUUCAGAGCUUACCCUUCCAAAGACUUUCUCAACGUGUUGCAAGGGCGGUGACAGCACCAAACGUGAGAGAAAACCCCAAGUUCUUCAUCCAACUUGCCAUUUUCUUUUUUCUGGCCUAUGUUGUGAUUGUAUCAUCAUUGUUAUUGACUGAUGUAUAACAUUAGGCAAGCUGUUUAUCUCUUCUCCCUCCCAAGUUAUGCUCCGUACAUGAUUAAUGGCCAGAAGUAGGAUUAUAUAGAACAUUGAUUCCCAAUUUUUUUUUGUUAUAGAUAAAUGUUCAUUUACUGACCUGCAAUCUCUCUGUAACAUGGAGUAUGUGAGAUGUAGCCAUGUUCCUCUAAUUCCGGGAACAGGUGAGAGACUACAAUGUUCGAAGUCCAAGGCAUAAUAGUAAAUUAGUACACAUUUUUGUUGCAAUGAUGAAAUUUCUAUUUGGUAUAACAAAA